AUGGAGGUAAAGAACCACACUUUGGUUACAGAAUUCAUCCUGUUAGGCAUCCCACACACGGAGGGGCAGGAAAGGGUGCUCUUUGUGGUUUUCAUGAUCUUCUACCUUUGCACUUUGUUAGGAAAUCUCCUCAUCCUCAUAGCUGUGAUAUCUGACUCCCACCUCCACACCCCAAUGUAUUUCUUUCUUUGUAAUCUCUCUGUGCUGGACAUUGGUUUCUCCUCUGUGAGCACUCCAAAGAUGCUGGCCAACUUGCUGAUGAGGAGUCGAGUCAUCUUGCUGGAUGGUUGCAUGUGCCAGGUCUUUUUUUACCACUUCCUCGGCAGCACCGAGUGUCUGCUCUACACGGUAAUGGCCUAUGACCGUUUUGCUGCCAUUUGCCACCCUCUGCGCUACACCAUCAUCAUGAACCGCCGGGUUUGUGCCCUGCUGGCUGCUGGCACCUGGCUUACUAGCUCCUUUCAUGCGACUAUUCUCACCACGUUGACCUUCCAGCUGCCAUACUGUGGUUCUAAUGAGGUGGACUAUUUCUUUUGUGACAUCUUCCCUGUAGUCAAAUUGGCAUGUGGUAACACCCUUAUCAUUGAGACGGUGAGCUUCACCAACAUUGGCCUUGUGCCCAUGACCUGCUUUCUCCUCAUCCUUACCUCUUACGUCCGCAUUGUCAUUGCAAUCCUAAAUAUGCGCUCUGCUGAAGGGAGGCGCAAGGCGGCAUCUACCUGUGUCUCCCACGUGUCAGUGGUCACACUGUUCUUUGGGCCUUGUGCCCUCAUCUAUACCCAGCCAUCUCUGAGUGAAGUGUUGGUGACCCCAGUGCAGAUUUUUGGCAAUGUAGUCACCCCCAUGCUGAACCCCACAAUCUAUACCCUGAGAAACAAAGAUGUAAAGGGAGCCCUUAAGAAACUAGUUGGAGGCCAGAUUGUUUCAGAAGCAGGUCCCUAG